AUGUAUCAGGAGGAAGGCUGGGUGGUGUGCCGCGCAUUCCAGAAGCCUAUCCCCAACCAGAGGCCCUUCUUCCCCACCAGCUAUGCCGCCACCGCCGGUUACUACGACCACCACCACUCAACGACCGCACGGCUGCACGUCGACGGUGGCGACCGCCAUUUCCUGGGCUCAUCAUCAGCACUGCUAUACCACCCUGCAGGGCUGCCUGCAGCUGCAGGCAGCAGCUUCCCGCCUUCAUUAUACUCGGACGAGUGUUUCGAGUCCAAGAAGCAUCUGUUCAGUAUCCCGCCGCUGGAGAGCCCCACUGCCAUAGCCUGUUGUUCCGACGGUGGCGGCGGCGGCGGCUACAAUGAACAUGAGCUGAUGAUCCAGCAGGGAGGAGGAGGAGGAGAGCAAGCUGCAGCCGCUGCCGGCGCCAUCGACUGGAACUUUCUGGACAGCCUGCUGUUCGCGACGUCGCAACUCCAUGAGCCCUCGGGAUCCUUGUUGCAGUGA